AUGUUAUCUCAAAACGCUCCGUAUUCUAAUUUACAAAGCGAUGUACUGCUACUUAGCAGAACGAACGGACCGCAACCAAGUGAUCGUUGGAAGACCAUUAUUAAGAUAACUACGGCUUUCAUUGGAGUUCUGAUGGUAACAACACCUAUUGUUUUUGGAUUAUCCGGAGUUGUUGGCAAUAGUAAUCCAACAUCCGAAUUCAAGAAUAUAUCGUCAACUACUGAACAAUUUCCCGAAAAGACAUCUACAGAUUUUGCCACGACUAUUACGAGAGUAUCUGAAAUGAACACAACUUUUGAUACAACUGCUGAAGAGAUCACAACACAAAAUAAGAUUAUCCAAUUAAAUCCGAAUUCCGGGUACAACUACGUCAAAUUCACGUAUGACAUUCUCAACAACACUUAUUCACAUGAUAAUGAGGAUGGAUCACCAGUAGCGCCAUAUUUUGUUGAUAAAAUCGAACGAGUAGUAGACAGAAAGAAAAAUGAAGCCUAUUUGCACCAGGAGUUUCCUGACGAUUUUUCAAAUAUGUAUUGGGCGUUCAAUUUGAAGAACGAUGGAAAAUCAGUCGAAAAAGUUGUCAUCUCAAUUCCUGGAAUAGAAGAAAUUGCCAAUAAUAGAGCAGGAGUUGUUGAAGCUUGUCCAAAUUUUCUCAUAAAUUGCAUCAAUAUUCCAAUAGACAAAAGUUUAACAAUUGAGCAGCACAUGGAUACGUUAUACAUAAGCAUAAUGCUGCAGAAAGACAUUAAAGUCUUGAAAACAAAACUGGAAGGCACGAGCAAUGUGGAGAGUUUUUCAAUUGAAGUUUACUGGAAAAAUACGACUAUGGAUUUUUCAACAACAACUACACCUGGAAGUAUUGCCACGAAAAAAUCUCCAACUUCAACAAUCACGGAACCACAUCAUCAACCUGACAUCUCUUCAACACGGGUGACUGAACAUCAGGAUAUUGUCCAAUUGAAACCGGAAACCGGAAAAGACUAUGCAAAGUUCACGUACGAUAUCAUAAGCAACACAUAUUCACAAAAUUUUGAAGAUGGAUCCCCAGUUAAGCCAUAUCUUGCUUCUAACGCUGAGCGAGUAGUAGAUAGAAGAUCGAAUGUAGCGUAUAUACAUAUGAAGGAGCCCAUCAAUAAGCGUAUUGGAUUUAUCAACUGGGAAUUUGAUUUCAAAUCCCCUGGAAGAACAGUAAAAAAAUUGGAUAUUAAACUGGCAGGAAUGGAUGAGAUUGCCGAUAAUGACGGAACAGCCAAUGCUUGUCUACACGUUUCAUUUAAGUGCACGGCUAUUCCGAUAAACGGAAGCUUGACCAUUGAGAAGCCCCAGUUUAAUAAGUUUUUCAUGCAAAUUGAAUUGCUCAAAAAUAUAAAAGUAUUCAAAACUGAACUUAACAAUAGAAGCAGUGUCGAAAGUAUUUCUAUUGUUGUCUACUGGAGUUAAAUAAGAUUUUAUUCAGUUUGAAAAAAAUGCGAAACUUACUCAAAUUUGCUGUACUUGGAACACUACCUCGGCAAUUCCCGGCAACUUCUUCCCCAAGUUUGGGGUUUUCCAGCUUCUUACCCAACUCUUGCCAACUUCUAACCCAGAGCGGCGCCCAACUCUUGCCCAAGGCUUACCCAAGUCUUGGCAACUCCUUAUAAAUGUUUUUAUUUUUUGGGCAAGGCUUGGGUAAGAAGUUGCGAAGCCUUGGGUAGGAAGCUGGCGGCAAACGCCGAGUACUCCUCACAUUUGCGUAUGGGUCCUACAAACUUCCAAACAAGAGCAAUUGCAAAGAAGUCACUAUUGGAAAGGUGUUCACCUGUCUUUACCGAGCCGGAGAUUACAUGGCAAAAACAUUAUUUCUAGACAUAAAGAAGGCAAGCAGUUUGUUGGAAUUCAGCAAAUCAUGCAAUGCCAUGCAAAACUGUCUUGAUGCUCUGAGGUGUGGACAGGGAACUGAACAUCUUGCGAUGUACGAAAAAAUGAGAGGGCAAUGUGUGACCAUGCACUUCUUUUCAACAGACGUUUUCUCUUGUCUGACUAAGUUAGAAAAUUCGAAGCCGAAACCUGAAUGCUAUGAGAAAUGGGACACUAAAUUAGUCAACGAAGAUUUAACAGAAGUGAGCCCAGACAAAUUGUGUAAGAAAAUGUUUGGAAAAGACAAUUGUAUGAAGAAAGUAGUCAAGGAAACUUGUGGAGACAAAGAUUGGCAGCUACUUCUGCAACAUUUCAAUGAAGAUACCCCUGGCCUCAAGCAUUGUGACUUUAGCAACGUUUAA